AUGGGGCAUGGUACACAAAGGUAUCGUGAUACUUAUGGUUCCCAAUACUCCGAAGCCAGAAAAGCCGCAGCCUUUGGACCAGGAGCUGGGUCUAUUUUGUUAAGUGAUGUAUACUGUAAAAGAGUAGACGUGCAUCUGCGAGAUUGUAAGCAUUCGUGCUGGGGUCUGGGUGGUUGUAGUCAUCAAAACGAUGCUUCGGUGAAAUGUAAAGUUGAUAUUAGAUUGGUUGAUGGAUCAGGACCACAUGAAGGAAGGGUUGAAGUGUAUUAUAAUGGUGUGUGGGGAACAGUUUGUGAUAAUGGCUGGGGACCAGAAGAAGCAGCAGCUGUUUGUCGAGGCCUUGGAUUUGUUCCUGAUUUAGCUACGGUUAGAAAAGGCGCUCAUUUUGGACAAGGGUCGUCUAGUAUGCCUGUAUGGUUAGAUGAUGUUGAUUGUAGUGGAUCAGAGGAUUCAAUAACUGACUGCCGUAUUGGGGGAUUCGGCUUGUCUUCUUGUAGUCAUAGCAACGACGUCUCUGUUGUUUGCCAAGCUAUUGGUUAUCGACUGGUUGGUAGAUCCGAUCCACGUGAAGGAAGAGUUGAACUAUUGGUAAAUAAUCAAUGGGGAACGGUCUGUGAUAAUGGAUGGGAUAAAUAUGAAGCAACCAUUGUUUGUAACAAGAUUGGAUAUCCCACAACUCGAGCUGAAGCAUAUGGUGGAGCAUUUUUUGGAGAAGGGUCUGGUCCUAUCUGGCUUGAUAAUCUCAACUGUCAGUAUCGUUACACUCCAAUUCAUGCAAGUUCCCUUUACACGGUUUCACAUACUACGUUAUCGACAUGUCAACAUACUGGAUGGGGUCAAACUACAUGUAAACACAAUGGUGAUGUCUCUGUUAGUUGUCAUCCUUCAGUCCGUCUAGCUAGAGGUUCUAAACCUAAUGAAGGCAGAGUUGAAUUUUACCAAAGUAAUCGAUGGGGGACAAUUUGUGACGAUGGAUGGGGACCAGAGGAAGCAUCGGUCGUAUGCUGGGAACUGGGAUUUAAGAGGAGUGGAGCCAUAGCUAAGAAAGGUGCUUAUUUUGGUGAAGGAACAGGGUCGAUACAUCUUUCAAAUGUUGUUUGCACGGGCCAAGAAUCGUCUAUUUAUGGGAAGUGUACAUAUAGUCGUGCCUAUGGGUGUACUCACAAACAAGAUGCAUCUGUUAUAUGUUUAACCGAGUCUAAUUUAGAUGUCCUCCCUAUUGUUAAUAUUACCACUGAAUUAAUGACUGGGGACGAAGAACCAAGAAAGAUGUACCGGUUCUUCUGUGAUUUUGAUGGAGUAGAUGAGACUGUUUUUUACUCUUCCGCGUGGUACGUGGAUGAUACUCUGGUAUAUACUAGUGCGGUAAUCAGAGGUUCGUUAGAUCUAGAAAGCUUUAAAAACAGACUCAGUUUAACAGAAGACAAGUUGAACAGAACAGUUGGUUAUGAUAUACGAUGUGAAAUAUUUGCUAGUAGAAAUGAAACAUCACACCAGACUGUCUCUAAGAGUGAAUCGAAUUUCAUUGGAAUAAAGGUAUUAAAUCCUAUACUUAAAAUACGGGAAGGCGAAACUGGUCAAAUACGAAUACGAGCAACUGCAGAGAUAGGAUGUGCGAUACUGAUACCAGGUGUCCUUUGUGAAUAUGCUGUAACAGUCUUGAUACCAAAUUCUGUUUCUAAAUGUGGUGCCAGUCUAGGAGUAAAUGAUAAGUGUGGUGUAGACAUCCUGAAACAGGGAUGGGAUAAUGAAUACAUUAUCAAUGUAGCUACCGAUACAAUAAAGGAAUAUGGCCAAUCUUUAACACAGUUUGAAGUAAUAUUAAGGUCAUCUGUGACAGAGUACGGACACCAUAAAACGUGGGGUGGCUACACAAUACAUCCCCGUGUACAAGUUAUUGUAGUAAAAGACACUUUGCCGACACAGUCCUUACUAUGCAAAGCCUACAGUGAUCCCAGACUCCAAACAUUUAAAGGACUUUUGCUCAACUUACAAUAUCUAGGAACAUAUACAUUGUAUAAAGAUGACGGAAACGACAUAGAGGUACAAAUACAGACUGUUAGCUGUGGAGGUGCCGCUUUCUGUAAUUGUGGUGUGAUAGCUAGAGUUGGUGGAACAGCUUAUAUGAUCAGUAAAUGUAACUCACAAAACUGGAUCAUAGAAUACGUAAUGUGUGAUGGUGGCGUUGAUGUUCUAAAAGUAGAGAGAAAUGGAGACUACAAGAUAACAUUUCCCACUGGUGCCACAAUGACAGCUCAUUUACAUAGAGGUAAUCCUCCCCGGUAUGUAGAUGUGUAUGUUAACCCAUCAUUCUUGGAUCCAAACAAAGUGCUAGGUUUAUGCGGUAAAAUAUCUAAUGACAAAACACAACAACUUGUUCUAAGAAAUGGUACGGUUACUGCAGACACCAUAAACUACAACAACCGAUCUUACCAGGAGGCCGAACUGUUCACCAGUUCGUGGAGGGUUACACCAGAUGAGAGUUUAUUUAACCCCACUGUUCGUGAUAAUUUUAGACCUAACAUCAAAACUCCAGUCAUAUGUGAGUGUAAUCCUACUGACACACGUUCUCCGCACCAAACGAUCGAAUGUAAUACGAAAAGUAACAUUAAAUCUUGUGCUAAAGAUAAUAGAUAUAAGGAAGUCAGUAAAAGAUCAUGCGCCACCCAUACAUUUUCCCGUAAAAGACGAUCAGUGCCAUUAUUUUUACCAGAAACUGGUCCAAUCAAAAGACUCAAACGGCAAGCAACGUGGAACAAUAACUGGUCGGAAGAGAACGCAACGCUAUACUGUAACAGUUUGUUUGACAGUGAUAGCCUGUUUAAACUAUGCAGUAAAGAAAUAGAAUCUCUUCAACAGGAAAUUCCAAUAGCGCUUGAAACCUGCAAGGACGAUAUAAAACUUACUAGUGCUACUGAAUUUGCUAUGUCAGCUGUUGGUAGUGUCAGGAGUCAGUGUCGACACGAAGUGGACCUAGAUCCUAAAUUACAAGAAGAAGAACCCGGCAAACCAUCAAUUUACAAACGAGUUGUUGAAAUAGACUGCCUAAAUAACUGUUCACAACAUGGUGCAUGUGAUAAUGGAACAUGUAUCUGUGAGACUGGAUAUAUUGCUGUUGAUUGUUCUACUAGGGCAGCUGAUCCUCCAGUUCUAACUGAAUUAGAAUAUGAAGGACUGUGUGAUGUGAAAAACCAAACAUGUGAUGAUAUGGCUGUCUUUGGUACAACAUUUGUAGAAAACCCUGGUUCGAAAUGUCGGCGUUAUAGCAUCAAGAUGUCAGAAGCUGGUGCUGUGACGAAUCUGGAUUCCACCCCAACCAUAUUGGAUGCAACAAUAGACAGUAUAAGUGAAGCAGUCUGUCCACUGGAUGUGUAUGAUACACCAGAUCCUAUACCAGUCCAACAACAAACCUUCUCUGGUUAUAAGCUAUCUGUAGCUAAUGAUGGACAACAUUACAGUAAUCAACUAAUAAUGAUCUACUACAACUCAGAUUGUGUGACUUGUACCAAUACUAAUAAUACAAUCACUUGUCAAAUAUCCAAAAAUCACUGUUUGGUCAAUGAUCGAUGUUACAGUCAUGAUGAAAGUUAUGUUAGUAAUGAUAAAUAUAUCUGUCAAGUUGAUGAAAAUGGCGGAAGAUGGGAACUGAAUGAUACCUCUCUUGAAGGUCCAUGUGGUAACUAUACUUCGUUUACGUACCCUGCAUCAAGAUUAACUACCAACAUGUUAUCUGCUGGAUCUGUGAGGAUUAAUGACAGGUAUCUAUCAGAUGGAUGGUAUGGUAAACCAGGCAGAGCAAUACCAAGUGUUACAGCUCCAUUACAAUAUUACUGUGGUACAGUAUUUCCAAUUUAUCUACAGACUGCUCCUGUCACAACUGUAGAUGGAAUACAGAACAUAAAAGCUUGUGUUCGACGAUAUAGUGUAUUAUGUAAAUAUACUAUUGAUGUAAAAGUUCAAUAUUGUGGAAACAAUUUCUUUGUUUAUUAUCUGGUUAAUUCACCAUUAGAAUCGUCUGGUUAUUGCCUAGAGUAAUACAUAAUGAAUUUUGAUGAGAUCCGGUUUUUGGAGGAAAAAAAUGUUUUAAUAUCUUACUGUUCUUUCUUUGCUUAAUUAUGUUAUAUUUUGCUUAAACAUACAUUAUGUAAGAGCGAAAGCUGCCUAUUGCAGGUCUUUCUUUAGGCCUGGAAUGUUAUCUAAAUUAUUUUAGUUAAUUAAUAUCCAAUUAAAAUUAGACAUUGAUUAACUUAUCCAGACUAUAAUCAACUCUAGAUGUCAUCGCUAGCCUGCGAUAUUUACUGGAAUAUUAUCCGAUUUGCUGCAUAACUUUCAUUCGUGAUUAAAUCAUGAAAUGGAUAAUCGAGACUAUGUUUUUAUGGUACCGACUUUAGUAAUGAUGAUCGAGGCUAGGCCGAAAAUUCAACCGCUAAGUGGAUCAAUUUGACUGAAAUUUUCAGCAUAUUCCCUUUACAUUAACUAGUUUUUAACUAUUGAAGUUAACUAUGAUAGUAACAACCACGAUAAUAGUUAUACUGAAGCUGCCCGUUUUGAAAUUUGUACUCAUUCAAAAUUAAACUUAAAGACAGGGUGAGAAGACACGUUUUUAAAAGUUUUUCACAUAUAAUUAAUUUAGUUGUAUUCACCAAAUACACCUGAGGCUGCUCCUUUAAAUAGCUUUUAUUUGCAUGAUAUCAUUACCUGUUGAAAAUAGUUCAAUGUUUUAUAUUAAAUUGCGCGAUUACUUUUUGGCUAUAUUAAAAACAUUAGAACUGAUAUUUGUAUACAGAUAAUUUUCUACGAGAAAUUGUGUACCUCUUAGCGGUUUGCAGGCUCUAAAUUACAUUUUUAUCAAAUAAUAUAUUGUUCAUGAUUGAUAAUAAAUACUAUGAAGAAUUGUUAUAGAUGUUAUUUUACUCAUUUACGACUCUUUAUGAAAAAACAAUUUCGGUUUUAUAAACUACGUUUCGACGAUGACACUCUCGUCUUUAUCAAGCAUUUUAUAUUACUCUAUAGUUAAAAUGUACAUUAAUAGCUUAUAAUAAAUACUAUAUAUUUUACUAGUAAUGUACCAUUAAUAAUUGAUAAUAAAUACUAUGAUUUGUACUAGUAAUGUACCAUUAAUAAUUGAUAAUAAAUACUAUAAUUAUAGUAAUGUACCAUUAAUACAUGAUAAUACAUAUUAUAAUUUGUACGAGUAAUGUACCAUUAAUAUCAUUGAUAAAUGAUAAUAAAUACUAUAAUUUGCACGAGUAAUAUACCAUUAAUAACUGAUAAUAAAUAUUAUAAUUUGCAGGAGUAAUAAAUGAUACUACACAUAUUAUAAAUUGCAGAAGUAAUGUAUCACUAAUAACUGAUAAUAGAUAUUAUAUGUUUUACCAGUAAUGUACCAUUGAUCAUUGACAAUAAAUACUAUUAGUUUUGGCA